AUGUCUUCGAGCAGCUCGUCUGGCGUGGCAGACUGGUUCGUCCAGCUGCCACUGUCAGACUCAAGAUGCUCCAACGCAAGCUGCGCUGCCUUUCAAGCCGCAGUCGACAAGACAGAGGCUGAGAUCAGUCGAGUAUCGCAGUUCAACUACGGUCAUUAUGUGACGUGGUUUUACGCCAUCAUCCUUGUGCUGUUCAUCGGCGCCUUUGGAUUCCACCAGUGCCGGGAUCGACUGGGCUGGGGUCGCUCAAAGCCAUCGCAAUGGCGAUCUUGGAUUGUCGGCUGGAUUCGAAGAUUCACUUAUAAAAGAUUUAGCGGGAAGCUGGCUGAAUCCCUCAGUCUCCCGUCUUUCGGGGUUCUGUCUUUGAUUGUGUUCUUUUUCUUCGCGGCUGCGGUGAUGGUAUUCGUUCAACGGCCGUAUUAUCGCGAGAAGAUCGCGUAUGGAAUGCCUCCGCUGGCUAUUCGUGCGGGAGGCAUGGCGUUUGCGUUGAUCCCGAUGGAGAUUGUGCUGGCUGGAAAGUAUAAUCUCAUUACCCUGCUUACUGGAGUUGGCCAUGAGAAGCUCAACUGCUUCCAUCGAGGAAUUGGAUACCUCAUGUUUUGCUUGAGCAUCAUUCAUGCUACUCCGUUUAUCCACCAGCUCCUCAAAGACGGAGGCUAUCCAUUUCUCAACUUUAUGUUUUAUAAGAACGGCAGCCGUGAAUACUCGGGCACUCCUACCAUAUUUAUGCUUCUCGGACUAUCCGUCUUCUCAGUUCCCCCCAUUCGUCGACGCAUGUAUGAGCUGUUUGUGAAUCUCCACGUCAUCUUGGCUAUUGCGUUCGUCGGCCUCUGCUUCUGGCAUGCUGCCCACGAGAUGGACUCCUGGAUUUAUCUCUGGGUAACUCUUGGUUUGUGGGUGGUAUCCUACAUCGGACGCAUCUUUGCCAAAAGCACAGCCUUCCCAAUGUCUCGGCAAUGGCGAUCAGGCUGUCCGACCACCAUGUACAGCGUACCAGACAAUAUGCUCAGAGCAGACGUGCAUGUCCCCAAGGGAACCUGGAAAUGGGAGCCUGGCCAGCAUGUCUACCUUCGAUUUCCCACUCUUAAUGGACUCGAGAAUCACCCGUUUACAAUUGCAAAUUGCUGUCCGUCUUCUUCCCCAGACGCCGAGAAACCAGAAGGAACAACACUUAAAUUCCUCCUCCGUCCUCGAACAGGCAUCACAGCUCGACUGGCCUCCAUGACUCAGUCAUCUGAACUCCCCGGCCUCGAAGGCGAAUUCUCCACCGUCGUCGAAGGACCAUACGGUACCAUCAUCCGACCUCGCGUCGAAACCCGCUACGAAACAGCCAUCCUCGUCGGCGGAGGAGGCGGUAUAUCCGGAGUCCUGCCGUGGCUCGAACACCUCUCCCUCCGAAUGUCAUCCAACUGCAUAACCCAAAAGGUGCAUUUCCUCUGGAUCGUAAAACACACCUCCUCCCUGCACUGGAUGUCGCACGAGCUCAACGAGAUCAAAUCCCGCGACCCGAGUAACAAAAUCACAAUCCAGAUCUGGAUAACUUCCGACUCCGCACCAAGCGACGACGAGCAACACAUAACCGAAAAAUCCAAAGACCACCCGCAAGCCCAGAUCGGUGUGUCGGAAGAUAACGGCAGUAGUUCAGACCUGGCAAAAUCUUCCUGGAUCGACCAGAUUACCUACCAGCGUCCGCAGCUGUCUCAAAUCAUCCCGGGGCUUCUGGGCAGUGAGCGGAAUAUCGUGAUUGGAUGUGGGCCGGAGAGUAUGAAGAUUGGGCUGAGCAAUACGGUUGCCAGGGCUCAGCGGCAGGUUAUUCGGGGACAUGCGGCGGAGGUCAAGUUGCAUACGGAUACGUUUGGGUGGUAG